AUGCUUGCCUUGCUGAUUGAAAGCAACAGGGAAGAGGGUGCAUCCGAGAAUGCGGAGCCUGUCCAGAUUUUCUGGGAAGCUGACGAGAAAUCAAUUCACCAGAUUGAUGAUGGAAAUUCCACCAAGAGCUUCAGCUUUGACCGAGUGUUUGCCGCUCAUGAAACGACCAGUCAGCUGUACAAUGGCAUUGCAAAGCCUCUGGUUGUUCACACUGUCGAGGGAUACAAUGGAACCAUAUUUGCUUACGGGCAAACUUCUUCUGGAAAGACCUUCACCAUGAUGGGGACCAGUCGCACCCCCGGAGUGAUACCUCAAGCUGUGGAGGAUGUCUUUCAAAGCAUCAAGAAUUUUCCCGAGAAGGAGUUCCUUCUCAGAGUGUCCUACAUGGAGAUCUACAACGAGACUGUGACGGACCUGCUUGUCGACAGCUGGAAAAGAAAACCUCUAGAAGUCAGAGAACAAAUCAAUAAAAACAUCUAUGUGGCUGAUUUGACUGAAGAGUUGGUUACAUCCUCUGCACAAGUCCUAGCAUGGAUUCGGAAAGGA